UGAGGAGAGACAUGAUCGUAGUCUUUUUGCACUCUUCGCAAUAGUUCACAUUCUCAUUUAAAGUCACAUACAGUUGUACCUGUAUUCAAUUUUCCAUUAUGAAGUUAUCACCUCACCAAGAGUACGAGAAAGUUGCAACGAACGAUUCUGAAGAAUCUCUCGCCGAGUCUCCAAAAAGCACUCGAGGACGUUCCUUUCUGGUUUCCCCUCGAAAGAAAAUCAUAUCAUUGAUCAUUACCUUCACUCUGCUCAUUUUGGUUGUGCUGGUGUUCACGACGCAAAUAAAUAGAGCGCUUUCAGCACCAUCAUCACGGCAUUGCGGAAGAUCACGAGAAGAAGCCAUCUCACUGGGCUGCUCUUUCGACCAGUUGACGGCAACUUGGUUACCUGCAUCUUGUUCUCGCAAGUGGGAAGAUGAAUUCCUCAAUACUUCCGGAAUGGGAUACUAUACGGAGACUCAUGCCACAGAACCCGUCGACUUCAGCAAGUUGGAAUUCAACACCACCUACCAUUCAAAUCGUGUACACCAUGUCGCUCAUUGUCUAUACAUGUUCUUGCGGUUAGGGGACAAAGAUUCGCCACUUGAUGGAAUGACGUUGGAUCCGCACCAUCAAAAGCAUUGUGUCAGUCUGAUCUUGAGAGAGAUGGAGUAUUCGCCGAGAGCCAAUAUCGUGAAGGACCCUGGGCACAUCAAGCCGGGGACUUGUUGAUGGUCUCACUUGCGAGAGUUGGAAUAGGUAUUAGCUCAGUGCAAGCUCAUGUUUCUAUGUACACGAACCAUUCUUGUAGGAGCUAUAAUGGUUUGAGAG